AUGAGGGUCAGCGCCGGUCUGCACGUGCUCAUUGGAGCUGCUGCUGCUCGAUCCAUCGCAUCAGAAAGUUCCGAGCAGACGCCUAUACAAGAUGCAGACUACAAAGUCCCGACCAUCCACGAAUCGACGGUCAUGGCGAGACGGAUAAUGCACUUGAGCACUCUCGGCACACUUACAACCACGUUCCCAGAACGAUCAGGAGCUCGCGAUACCGCGUCAUCAUAUGACCAUGGAGAACUGGCUGCCUUUGAGAACAGGCCAGAGGAGAUAGCUGGAAGCCCGAUUGGAUUGAUGGAGUACUAUGCCGACUGCGAAACAUUGACAGGCAAUCCGACAUUACUGGCGAUCAACAUUGCGACACCGUACAAGAACUACGCAGCUGGGUCGAACAUAAGUCUAGCAAUAAGAUGGUGGCCCAUAUCCAAGAACACCUACACAGCCUCUCUUUCGCCUAUCGACCCCGAAGAAGACGACGAAAUACCAACACCACAUACGCCGGCUGCACUACCUCGCUUCUCUCUACAUGGCUAUCUCGAGCCAAUAUCCGCCAAAGAUCUUGCAGCGGGCUUGAUUUCUGCUUGCUUCUUGCAGCAUCAUCCGGACUCCAUCUAUUGGCAACCAGGUAACGAUAUACACACGAGUCAGUACAUGAGACUGGUGGUCGAGCAUAUUUACUGGUUUGGUGGGUUCGGGGAUCGUGCGAGGAUCGGAUGGCUGCCUGUUGACGAGUGGAAGAACGUCACGAUGGGUGAGGUGGCCAGUGCGAGAUUGCCAGGUGAGCAGAAGAGGAAGGCAUCGGAUGCUCGUGAGAGUGCAGAUGCAGAGGAGAAGGAGGCAGAAUGGCUGGAUAGGCUGGGCGCAUUGGUAGGCGACUGGUAA